AUGCGUUAUUAUGGAAUUAAGAAGAAAAUUUUGUACAGUGGAUUAAUUGUGUUCUUGUUUAUCAUACUUCUUCAUCCCUCUAGAAAUGCAAAAGGAACCUAUGAGUUUAUUGAAAGAGACAACAUUUUAAGCAAUUUGCUUUAUGACACCGCUGAAAAUUUUUCCAGUACUGCAAUUGUUGACUGUGAUUACUACAAUGUUGUUAAUGAUGAUUCCACUCUUUCUAUCAGUAUCGCUGACGGGGAUUUAAUUGAGAAUCAUAGGAUUAAAGAUGGAGGAGAAUACGUACCUGUCGAAUGCAGACCGAGUCUUAGCACUGCUAUCAUUAUUCCAUAUAGGGACAGAGCUGAACAAUUACGCGCUUUCUUGGUCUAUAUGCACAUGUUUCUAAGAAGACAAUUUAUCCACUAUAGGAUCUAUGUUGUGGAACAAGUCGAUAAUAAGCCAUUUAACACGGCUAAGCUAAUGAAUAUUGGUGCUGUAGCAGCAAUUCGCGCAGGUUUCCCUUGCCUGGUAUUGCAUAAUGUGGAUCUACUUCCACUCAGGCCAGCUAACUUGUAUGCAUGUACAAAACUUCCUCGACAUCUAUCAUCUAGCAUCAAUAAAUUCAGAUUUGUUCUUCCACAUCAAAAUGUGUUUAGUGGUGUUGUAUCAAUAUCUUCGAAACAAUUUAAACUUAUAAAUGGAAUGACAAAUGGGAACACUGGUGAUAGAAGUGAUCUCUACAAUCGUCUUCAAGUUGCGGGUAUAAAAAUUACUCGUUAUGAACCUAUAUUGAGUCGUUAUUAUAUGUCUUCACAGAAAUUGCAACGGAAAGUGAUAAGAUUUAAUCAAGAUAUGAAGCUAGAAAUGAAUAAAGAUGGUCUGAAUUCAUUGAAGUAUACAGAAGUGGCAACCGUCCUACAUCCAUUGUUUACUCAUAUCAUGGUUGAUUUAUAA